AUGGGCAGUAGUGAGAUGGACAAAUCCUCUAAGGAGGGGAAGGAAGCGAAGGAGCCCAAAACUCCUACUUCACAGGAGCAGCCUUCAGUUACGGGCACUGGCACAGGCACGGUUACUGGCGACUGGUCUGGCUUUCAGGCAUAUUCUCCUAUGCCUCCACAUGGAUUCUUGGCAUCCAGCCCUCAGGCACAUCCCUAUAUGUGGGGAAUUCAGCAAUUUAUGCCGCCCUACGGUACUCCACCACAUCCAUAUGUCGCUAUGUAUCCUCAUGGGGGUGUAUAUGCACAUCCAACUAUGCCUCCGGGGUCUUAUCCUUUCAGUCCUUUUGCCAUGUCUCCAACUGGUAUUGCUGAAGCUUCUGGUAAUGCACCUGGAAACAUGGAGGUGGAUGGCAAGUCAUCUGAGGGGAAGGAAAAACUUCCUAUCAAAAGAUCCAAGGGGAGUUUGGGCUCUUUGAACAUGAUUACUGGGAAGAACAGUGAACCCAGUAAAAUAUCAGGACCAUCUGCAAAUGGUGUCUAUUCAAAAAGUGCUGAGAGUGCAAGUGAAGGUUCAAGUGAAGGAAGCGACGCAAAUUCUCAAAAUGACUCACAAAUGAAGUCAGGAGGCCAGCAAGAUUCAGGAGAAGCAUCUCAGAAUGGCAGUGGUACACAUGGUUCUCAUAAUGGAGGGCCAAAUACACCCCAUUCAACGGUGAAUCAACCUGUACAUAUCAUGUCAGUGUCUGGCGGUGCAGGUGGUGUUCCUGGCCCCACCACUAACCUUAAUAUUGGUAUGGACUACUGGGCUGCAGCUCCACCAUCAGCUAUUCCUGCAAUGCGUGGUAAGGUGUCUUCUGCUCCAGUGGCCGGAGGAAUGGUCACUGCUGGAUCACGGGACAAUGUCCAAUCACAGAUUUGGAUACAGGAUGAAAGAGAGAUCAAAAGGCAGAGAAGAAAGCAGUCAAACAGAGAAUCAGCUCGUCGAUCCAGAUUGCGAAAACAGGCAGAAUGUGAUGAACUGGCCCAGCGUGCUGAAGCUAUGAAAGAAGAAAAUGCGUCUCUUAGAGCAGAGGUUGCUCGUAUUAGGAGUGAGUAUGAGCAGCUUCUUGCUCAGAAUGUAGCUCUCAAGGAGAGACUUGGUGAAUAUCCAGAACAAGAAGAUCCAAGGUCCAGUCGGGAUGACCAAAGCGGAGGCCACGAGUCUCAGUAUUCUGGGCAAGCGGAGCAUAUUCAAAGUAGUCAAUGA